AGCCUACAUUUCCCAAACAUCUUAUUAUAGCCUGCAAGGUCAAAUAAAUCUAAUGAACGUGAAUUGCGUUAGUCUAUGCGUCAAAUUCCCCUCUGACGACUGGAAACAUAAUGAUUACGUUUUCUGAGGACUACUUAUACCUAUCAAGAUACUGAACUUGCAUUAUGAACUCAGCUCACAUAAGCAUCCAUUUUGAGCAUCCUCUUGAGUAUUUAGCUUCGGGAACGACGAGCUCUUCCAUCCGUGAGACUUUAGAGAUUGCUGAUUGGCUCAAUCGCAACAGUUCUAAAUGUGUUUUUUCCCAGCGACGUGGUAAGCACCGGGGGAAAUACUAUAUUUGGUAUAAAACCUCACAAUCAACAGUUCCUACUGCAACACCACAGGGAUUGAACUAAGCAUAAAAAACAGAGUCUAUGGCUGUCCCGGGGAACUCACUAUGGAGGCUGCUUCUCUGUGCGUAUUUUGCGCUCGCGGUCGGAGCGGACUGCGAGAAGGACUGUGCGCUCUGCCUCAACCGCAUACCGGGACAACAGACGACAAUUAACACUCUGACAUGCUCAAUAGAAUGUGAGGGCAGCCUGGACACCACGAAGCUCCGCCUCUGCCGAGACAUCCUAUUGGAGGAGGAGCCUGUCGCUGUUGACGAAAUCAAACAGGAAGGUGUGGAGGGCGAGCAGCACCAGCUGGCCAAGAAGUAUGGCGGCUUCAUGAAGCGCUACGGGGGGUUCAUGAUCAGGAGGAGCCCACCCGUACAGGAUGGAGGAGUGCAGGGAGGACAGAACAGCCCAGUGGCUGAGGAAGAGGACAUCCGUCUGGAGAUCCUGAAGAUCCUGAAUUCAGAGGCCGAGGCGCAGAGAGACAGAGAGUUGGCCAAGCGCUACGGGGGGUUCAUGAGGAGAGGGGGGGACUUCGGGGCUCUGGAGGUGGCGGGCAGGCCAUUGAAGAAGCGUUAUGGGGGCUUUAUGAGGAGGGUAGGGAGGCCUGAGUGGCUGGAGGAUCAGAAGAACAAGGGGGGGCUCCUGAAACGCUCCUGGGAGGGGCAGGGGGUUGACUCCCCCCUGGCUGAGAUACAGAAGAAAUAUGGCGGAUUCAUGGACUAGGGGCGGCCCCUUCUCCAACCCCUCCUGAUGAGUCUGGACUCUCAAUAUUGAUCAGAUGAUCCAUUCUUAUUCUGUUGUUGUGCUUGUACUGUGCUGCUUUUUGUUUGUUUGGGUUUACUGUGACAAAAAAAACACUUAGCCUAUCAGGUGAUGAUAACUCCAUUUAUGACAACCAGUACUGUAUGUUUUAUGGGUUUGGUUAUUUAUAAAUUAACCCGUGUUCAUUGUGGUGUACGCGGGCUGGGGCAUGUGUGGAAAACCAAUCAUGGCAUGACCUGUUUGCUCUCUCUCUUUGACUUGCCACUGUUUUUAAAUCGAUAGUUAACUUUUUUGAAGUGUUAGUUGAUUUUAGACUUACCUAGGGUAUAGUUGUGUCAUCCAAACCAUUUUUAAUGGUUGGUUAUUUAGUAUUGCCCAGAAUCUCUUGGCAAGGCAAGAUGAAAAUAUGUCGGUGGCUAGACCUACUUUCCACCGUGCUCACACUUAUCUCAGUAUGCUGAUGUCGAAACAUGUUGCUUUCAGUUGAAAAUGUCCUCGUUUUGUGUUCUUUCUAUAGAGAACAGAACAGCAUUUGAGACCAAUUAGUUGUACAAAACCUAAUAAACCCAUGAAUCCUGCAGAAAUAA